AUGGAACGCUGCUCCAGUAAAGAGUCGCUCGUACUGGGAACCAUGGUUCUCACGGUGCGCGCUGGGCUGGAGCCAGAUGCCCACGAGGACUUCACGGUGCACGACAACCUCAUCCGCACUCAUUCUCCGUUCAUCGAUGCUGCCAUGCGUAACGACUGGAAGGAAGCACAGGAACGACUGAUCAAGAUGCCGGAGACUGAUCCUGUUUGUUUCCACAUCUACGUCCAGUGGCUGUAUUCCAGCCGCAUUCACUCUGCUGUGACAACUGCCGCCAAACCUGGAAGCACUAUCUGGGCCUACUCGAAAGCGUUGAAUCGCGAGUUCGAUACCUUAGUCGGUUGCUGGAUCAUGGGCGACGUUCUAAGAGACACGGACUUCCAAGACGCCACCAUGGAUAUCUUGAUGAAGCUAUGCCGAACCAUCCAUGGCUUAGGAAUCGAGAUCCUCGGUCCACUCGCGCACUACGUCUACGCUCACACUACUGGGAAGACCUCCCCGUUAAAGGCUUUGCUCGUCGCCCACACUACAGUCUCACUUACCCCACGGAAGAUGGAACUAUUCUUCAAAGAAGACUACCCGAAAGAUUUCGUAACCGAAGUGCUCUCCGCUGUGUACCGCCGCUGGAACAAUGGCAAUACUGGACAGCUUCUCAAUCUCGAAGCCAAGUGCGAAACAUACCAUCAACACUACAAGACCGGAGGCCCAUGCUACAAGGACAAGCUCCCGAAGCCGAUGCCGUUGUGA